AUGGAUUUAAAUUUUCUUGCUCAAGAACUUCAUACAUAUAUACUUGAAGAUCACACUUACAAAAUAAAGGAUCUCCAAAAACUGAUGAAGGAAAGGUUUCAGCACGAAAUAUCGUACUACAAGAUAUGGGAUGCAAAACAAAAGGCCAUUACAAACAUACAUGGGAAUUGGGAAGAGUCGUACCAAAAGUUACAAAAGUUGUUAUUGGCAUAUAAGGAUAGUGAUCCAGGUACACAAGUGUCUUAUCGGUCAAUCAACGAAAACACACUAGGUACUAUUAUAUUCAAGUAUGUGUUCUGGGCUUUCACUCCUUCUAUUGCUGGAUUCGCACACUGUAGGCCAGUAAUUAGUAUUGAUGGUACUCAUCUUUAUGGAAAAUAUAAAGGAAAGUUGUUAAUUGCAAUGGCUACUGAUACUAACAAUGAGAUUUUUCCACUUGCCUUUGCGGUUGUGGAUGAUGAGACAGGAGCCAGUUGGGGAUGGUUUUUAUGUUGCUUGUGGAAAGCAAUACAACAUGUGGUACUCGAUUCCGGCAUUUGCAUAAUAUCUGACCGACAUAGAGCUAUCAUAUCUUCCAUUCAACAAUGGCCCCAUGAUUAUGUAUCGGUAUAUCAUCGAUAUUGCAUUAGACAUGUUGCUAGCAACUUCAACACUCAAUUUAAGGACCCAUUCUUAAAGUCUCUGGCCUUGAAAGCAGGAUACGCUACUCAAGCUCGCAAACUUGAUAAAAUAUUGGAUUGCCUUAAAGAAGCUGAACUCAAGUUCAGUAAGGAUCCUAGUACAGAGAAUAAGAAACCAUACUCAUAUCUAAGGAAGGAGGAUUUGGAGACAUGGACAUUGUCACAUGAUCAUGGACGCCGUUAUGGGGCAAUGACUACCAAUAUGUCGGAGUGUUUCAAUGGAGUUCUAAAAGGUGCACGUGGACUACCAAUAUCUGCAUUGGUUAACUACAUUUGGUGCAAACUGGUUGCCUAUUUCAAUGAUCGGCGCACUAAAAAUAUUGAGUAA